UUGCUCUUGACCACAAUCAUCCCCCCCCAGCUUACAAUGUCUGUUGUGUAUAUUAGCGGUGGUCAAGGUGGAAAUGGAGGUCCUGGUGGUGGGCAUGGAGGCCGUGGAGAUGGUCCCCAAAUCCAGGUGACUGGAGAUUACACUAGAAUCUAUAGUGCAGCAAGCACAGACUUUGAAGAAAAUAUGACAGUGACACAGUGGAUCUCACCAAUUAACUUCUUUCCUCGGCAUCAGGCUAUUGCUGAGACUCGGCAAGACAACACUGGUGACUGGCUUUUGGAGCACCCAGAUUUCUUGAAAUGGAAGUCAACCCCAGGAAGCAGACUCUGGUGUACAGGGAUACCUGGUAUGGGCAAAACAGUGCUAGCAUCCAAAGCAGUAGACUAUCUUCUCCAGAUUCAAUAA